AUGGCGCCCACCAAGCAGGAGCUCUCCCUGCUUAUCCAGCCUCUGGUCCCGGAGUCAGUCCAGCACAAUAACCGGGUCCUCUCCUCCCUCCACUCCCUAACCUCCUUCCUCCUCGGCCUCUCCGCCGGCAUCCUCGGCCUCCAAUCCACCGCAGGCUUCGCCUUCUACUUCCUCGGCACCGUCCUCGUCUCGGGUCUUUUCCAUCUGCUGCUGAUUCACCGAUCUGGUGGCGCCGGCGCCGGCGCCUUCUUCCCUGGUAGCAACGAUGGCGAAAUCGACGGGACGGUCGCUAUGGAGACUGAGAGUGGGAUUGUGCGCUUGCAGCUUGAUCGAAAGAGCAAUGCCCAGGGAUCUGAUUCUGCUGCUGCUGGUAUGGUUUGUCGGAAGGGUGCGUGGAGGGAUGUGUGGUUCGGCGGCGGUGUUUUUGCCGAGGCAUUGAGUGGGUUUGUUUUGGGGUGGGCUGGUGUUGGGGGGUUUUGA